ACGCAUGAUAAGCCAGAAUCGCAGACGUACGUGGCGUGCUUUCGGCCGUUCGGUGCAUGUUCGGCGUUACACCAUCACUGCUCCAUGCAUGCACGUACGAGUACCCGAUCUGUACUCAUUAUGAAACUCGUUCCGCCGUGUUAAUGACAGGGAAUAGAGCGGGGAAGGAAGCGGGGAAGGAAGCGGGGAUCUCCCACCUCGCCUACCCCUGUUUGAAUAUCCCUGCUGUGCCACGUUGAGGGCUUAUCAAUCAAUUUCUAUAAACCCCCCCCCUCCCUUCGUUCUUUCAUCUCACUUUAUAUAUCAGCCGUUGUGCUACUCUACCAGCCACAGCCUACCCCAUCGAGGGACGACGAGGAAGGACAAAGCUGGCUGGAAGUACGAAGGAUGAUUAGAAAUCAAAUAGGUAGACGUAGAUAAUCACACGCCAAGGACAUGAGAUCACGGCGAGGCUGAGCAAUUCGCUUGGUGUGCGCGCAGUUACAUGUCAGCUACUGGUUACUUACCUCUGGGCUGAAGAAAAAUAACGCGAAUGCCUUUGCUUCUCAUAAGGAACUAAGAGUCUAUGUUUGUGUGGUUGUCUCUUUCUCUUUCUUAUCCAACUUUCUUCAUUGGCGCAUUCUUUCCUGUUUGCUCCCUUACUCCCCGUCACCGUCACCGUUCGUGCUUUACUUCUCUUCUCUCGUUUUCCUCCCGCCCCCUUUCUUCUUCACCUCUCACCCAACCUCUCUUAACACGGCAUACCAAACACUCACCGUCACAAUGGUUUCCCCAAAUCCCACCGAGAAAUCCUCUAUCCACUCCCUCCCCAUCCCUGGCGCUGACGCAGACAUCGAGCAAGCACCCGAACCUGAAUCUCCUCCCACCGGCCGCCAAAUCCACGGUUUCCAAUGGUUCCUCGUCAUUGUCGCUGUCUUGAGCAGCAUGUUCAUGUACUCACUUGACGGCACCAUAGUGGCUGAUCUCGUGCCCUCCAUCGCCAACGAGUUCCACGCUGUGCCGCUCCUCCCAUGGCUCUCCGUCGGUUUUAUGGUCGGUUCUAUUGUCACCGUCUUGCCGCUGGGGAAGCUCUACGGAAAAUAUAACGCCAAACACUUAUAUCUCAUCUCCGUCGUGCUCUUCCUCGCAGCAUCGGCACUGUGUGGUGCCGCACCGAAUAUGAGCGCGAUGAUUGUGGGCAGAGUGUUGCUUGGCAUGGCGGGAAACGGAAUCUACUUUGGCAUUUUGACGCUUCUGAGCGUGCACACGGGUGAUACGGAGCGCCCAACUUAUCUCUCAAUGGUCGGUCUGAUUUGGGGAGUUGGCACGGUCCUCGGACCUGUCGUUGGCGGUGGGUUUGACAAAGUCAAUUGGCGAUGGGCGUUCUACCUGAAUCUCAUAAUCGGCGGACUAUUUGCCCCCGUCUACGUCUUCCUCCUCCCCGCCUUUGACCCGUCCCCGUCUACCUCCUUCGUUGCCCGCGGUAAGAACUUCGACCUCCUCGGCGCCACCCUCUCUAUCGCCUCAAUCCUCAGCCUCGUUAUGGCCAUCAACUUCGGCAACGCCCUAUACUCCUGGGACAGCGCUCCCAUAAUUGUCCUCUUUGUCCUCGCUGGCGUUCUCCUCAUCCUCUUCGCCAUCCAGCAGAAACUCGCCUUGUUCACGACAAAAUCAGAGCGUAUGUUCCCCGCCCACCUCCUCCGCAGUAAGGAGGCCUGUCUCCUCUUUAUUGCGGCAGCUGGAUGCAAUGCUGCGGGAUUCCUGCCAGUCUACUAUAUCCCUGUGUACUUCCAGUUCUCUCGUGGCGAUAACGCUUUGGAGGCUGCGGUGCGGCUGUUACCGCUGAUCAUUGUGUUGAGUGCAACUAUUAUGGCGCAGGGGUUCUUCAUGAGCAAGCUCGGGUAUUAUCAGCCCUGGUAUCUUGUUGGUAGUGCGCUGUUACUGGUGGGGGAUGUGUUGCUUUCCCGCAUUGAUGAGAAUACGAGAGUUGCCAACAUCUACGGAUACGAGAUUCUCGUCGCCAUCGGCGCUGGGGCCUUCAUCCAGGCUGGUUAUGCGACAAUCCAGACUGUCGUCCCAGCUUCUGACACCUCAUAUGCCAUUGCCUUCAUGAUGCUCGCCCAAUUCAUCGGCAUCGUCUUCGGUCUCUCCAUCGGUGGCGCAAUCUUCAUCAACACCGCUCUGUCCUCCCUUCGUUCUCUCCUGCCUCUUCUCUCGGAAGCAGACCUUCGCGUCGUGAUCAGCGGCACCAGUUCAAAUGCCAUUGAGCUUAUCCCUGUGGCGCUGAGGGAUGACGCGGUGGCAGCAAUUGUGGGGAGUUUGAGGAAGUUGUUUAUCCCAGCGUAUGUGGCUGCGGCGGUGGCGCUUGUGGUAUCGGUGUUUAUCAACCGCGGAAAAGCUUUCCAUGCCACAAGGGCAAGCAGCUAGUCGGUAGAUAUAUAUACGUAUGUCAUUGAUUUGAUGUGUUUGUAUGGGGAAGAAGACGUAGGGAUAAAGAUGGAGGGGUUUGCAGUAUUUACUGAGGUUUACAUUUCAAACCUGUGUUUUCGUUUUUCCUUUUGUUUUUAUUUAUUUUGUGCUUCGAUUUCGAGAGUAUGUGGGAAUGGGGCGUUUAAGCGUAUAGAAUAGACAGUGCGAAAAUUUACCCAUUUGCUUUUCUAUAAA